AUGGAUCAAAUCACUCUUGAUUCUGCAGCUCUUGGAGAGCUUAAUAGUGUCGAGACGCGAACACUGUUUGACACAAUCGACAACCUCUCUAUGCUGGGCGUAGGGAGAAUCGUCAACCUUCCCCAGAUCAUUGUUGUCGGAGACCAGUCUUCGGGAAAAUCCUCCGUGCUCGAAGCAAUUUCACAUGUCCAUUUUCCAGUACAAGAGGGUCUCUGUACGCGUUUCGCAACGGAGCUGGUUCUCCGCCCAGGCGGUCGUAGACGUGUAAAAGCGACGGUGUUGUUCGCCGACAACACCAAACCUGCCCAUGAACUGCAGAUUACCGACUUCAAGCAAGAGGAUAUCGACAACAUUAUCAACACCGCAAAGCAUCAAAUGGGUAUUUCUGAUACUGGCCGAAGCUUCUCUAAGGAUGUUCUGCGUUUGGAGAUUGAAGGCCCAGACCUGUAUCCUCUUACCUUGGUCGACCUCCCCGGUAUUUUCCACACAGCAACAGCAAAGCAAUCAGACGAGGGCAAAGCGACUGUCAUGAAUUUAGUGAGGAGCUACAUGAAGAAGGAAAACAGCAUCAUUUUGGCAAUCGUUUCCGCCAAUAACCUUCUCGUCAACCAAGCCGUCCUGCAGGAGGCUUCAGAAUUUGAUCCAGCCAAAAAGCGCACGCUUGGGGUCAUCACCAAACCUGAUCUUCUCCAUCCCGGCUCGUCGAACGAGCAAGAGUACCUCCAAGUUAUCAGAGGCCGUGAGACGUUUCACAAUCUCUCUCUCGGCUGGCACGUGCUGCGCAACCAGGCGGAUCACGAGAAAGACGUCGGCACCCGAGACGAAGUUGAGGAACAGUUCCUCAACUCAGGAGCCUGGGCAUCGAUUUCCACAGCGAACCGAGGUGUCGCUGCCCUCCGAAAGAAGCUCAGCCAGAUUCUUCUCUCGCACUUCAAACAAGACCUCCCAACAGUCAUUGAUGAUAUUCAAAUCAAACUCACGGAGCGAGAACGCGAGCUCAAGCAGCUAGGACACUCCCGGUCUACUCCAGCUGAUAUGAGAGCCUACCUCAUAGACAUCGCGGGGAGCUUCCAAAGGCUGGUUCGCGACGGCAUCGAAGGUCAUUAUAAAGACCCUUUCUUUGGCGGACUCGAGGGGACUCAACGGAAGUUCCGAUCUCAGCUGCGAAACUUCAACAGAGCGAUCCGACAAGUUUUGCUCGUUCAGGGUGCGAACCAACAAAUAAUUCAAUCCUUCGACCACGUACGGCGGCAACACACUAUUCCUGAUUACCUCGAAGACUUUAUCAAUGCACAUCAGUACAACCUUCGUACCCCGGAAGUCAUUACUUGGACUGAGCUGGCUGCCCAGCUGGAGCGGCAGGCUGCCGAUAACCAGGGUACCGAGUUUCCAGGAUACGCCAACAUGGAUCUUAUGAUCCAGCUCUUCCAGAAGCAGUCAGAGCCAUGGAGAUAUAUUGCUGAAAAGCAUGUUGGUCAUGUCACAGUCGCUGCCAAAGUGUUUGUGGACCAGAUUUUUGAGCAUGUCAUCGGCUCAUCCGGCAAAAGUAGCACAACCGACGCCAUCUUAUCUACCUGCGUGGAUUCCUUCUUCGACGCAAAGGAUGAACUUCUGGCAGCCAAGGUACAAGAGCUUUUACGACCAUUCAAGCAAGGUUACGCGAUGCCACUCGACAUCGAUUUUCAAGAGGCCAUGGAGAGCAGAAUUGCUGAGCGCACUGUCGGCCAAGCUGAAUGGGUGGACAAUGCUUCAUUCUCUCCUCCGCGAACCAGCGAACCACAAAGCAGCAAGGAAUUCGGGACAGACCGCAUAAUCGACACGAUGCAGACAUUUUACGAUAUGGCGUUACGGACAUUCACAGACAACCUAAUCAACCUUGCGAUAGAGAGCUGCCUCAUCCGUGAGCUGCCUUCAAUUCUUACCCCCAAGGAUGUAAACCGCAUGAGUGAUGCCAGGCUGGCAGAACUGGCGGCAGAGUCCGAUGAAGUUCGCCAACACCGGGCACAACUCCAGCAGGAUAUAACACUGCUCAAGAAAGGCCAUGAGCAAUGUCGUCGGUACAAGCCUAGAGUUGCCGUUGGUGAGUGUGACCAGUGCUGUAUGAUAUGA